GGUAUUCAGCAUCAGACAGUAACGGACUGUGUGUUGGGGGAAAAGUAGCGUUCGCUGGAAGAGCACUCCAUUCAGAUCAGUUCUCAGAUGGUAUUACCGUAAUACGCAGUUUAUACGCGACCCUGGAAAUAACGUGGCGGCUAGAUUGACCGUGCUUUUCUACUUGGCGGCUGGCUUGACCGCAGUGGACUGCGGGUUCGCAUUUGUCCCACUGACUGUACAAUAAUAAUUAUUUUUCACACCAAAGGAUUUUUGGUAAAACACGAAUGAUACGUAAGAUUUGAUUUAGCUAAGUUAUUUUUGGGAUAGACCUGACUUUCACUUUCAUUUUGAGUAACUUUCCUUAUGGACAACGCCCUAUUUUCUCCAUAGAACCUGCGUUAUUUUUUGUGGAAAGGUGUUGAAAAUGAAGGUCUCUGUAAUACUCGGAGUGUGUGCACUCUUUCUGUCUGCUGUUUCCAGUGAUGGUGCAGAGGUAUUGUCAGCGUCUGUGCCAGUGGAGGGAGAUCCAGUCACUUUAAACACGGAUGUGACAUUAAGCCCACAACAAAGAAUUAAAUGGUACUUUAAUGACACUCGCAUCGCUCAGAUAAUUGGAGGUCAGAGUUUCAUCUGUUCAGAUGAUGAGUGUAAAGAGAGAUUCAGAGACAGACUGAAGAUGGACAAUCAGACUGGAUCUCUGACCAUCAAAGACACCCGAAACACAGACUCUGGACUUUAUAAACUACAGAUCAUCAGCGGCAGCACCAUCAGUGACAAGAUCUUCAAUGUGACAGUCACUGGUACAUCUGGUGUGAACCGAAAUGUGUCUGUGGCAGAAGGAGAUUCAGUCACUCUUUACACUGAUGUAAAUACAAACCAAAAUUACAGAAUUAGAUGGUUUUAUAAUGACACUCGCAUCGCUCAAAUAAUCGGAGAUCAGAGUGAUGUCUGUUCAGAUGUUCAGUGUAAAGAGAGAUUCAGAGACAGACUGAAGCUGGAUCAGACUGGAUCUCUGACCAUCACAGACAUCAACAUUGCAGAUGCUGGACAAUAUAGACUACAAAUCAUCAGCAGUACUGGGAGCAGCAGUAGCAGCAGCGAAAACAUCUUCAGUGUUGCUGUCCGUGGUGUUUCUGCUGCUGAACGAGAUAAAAUUAAGUCAGUGAAGGAGGGAGAAUCUGUCACUUUAGAUCCUGCCAUAGGAAGAAUAGCAUAUAAUGUGAUGAGGUGGUAUUUUAAUGAGAUUGUCAUCGCUGAAAUCACUGGAGAUCAGAGUGAGAUCUGUUCAGAUGUUCAGUGUAAAGAGAGAUUCAGAGACAGACUGAAACUGGAUCAUCAGACUGGAUCUCUGACCAUCACAAACACCAGAACCACAGACUCUGGAGAAUAUAAACUACAGAUCAACAUCAGCAGAAUCAGCAUUCACCGUCGUCGUCGCCGCAGCAUCAGCAUCGCCAUCACCAGUGUGAAAAGUUUCAGUGUUUCGGUCACUGAUUCAAGUUUGUCUUCAGGUGCUGUAGCAGGAAUAGUUAUUACUGUUCUGUGUGUGGCUGCUGUUGCUGUUGGUGCUGCGAUUUACUGUCGCAAAAAACUGUUUACAGCAGUACCACAGGAAGAUAACCUAUAGAAGCGUGCUCAGAUUGACACUAUACAGGGAUACUGUAGACUGAAGAAUCGGUCACGCCGCGACAAGUGACAUGAUCCUGUAAGUGCUGUGAAGUAAAGCCGCCGACAGUGAAACUAAAGGAUUGAAGAUCACCAUGUUACAGAAGAAUCGCUGGCUGCACAGUGGACGAGUGUUCAGAGAGAGAUCCUUUCAAGUCAUCAAAGGUUAACUGAAUCAAACAAACAACAGAAGCUAUGAAGUGUUCAUUAAUACACUGUAAAAAAGACAUCAUAAAAACAUUGUCUCCUCAGUGGACGUCUUUUCAACAUCUGCAAAGACAUAAGAAGAGAAGGGGGUGAAAUGCUAUUUCAUGCAUACUGAGUUUUUUACACUGUUAAAGAGUUGGAUUCCCAUGCUAAACAUGGACAAAGUUUCAAAAAUUAAGUUGUACGUUUGAAGGAGUAUUUCUGUUCCAAAAAUACUCCUUCCGGUUUGUCACAAGUUUCGGAAAGUUUUUUCGAGUAUGGCUCUGUGUGACGUUAGAUGGAGUGGAAUUUCCUUAUAUGGGUCCUAGGGGCACGUUUGCCGGAAGAGCGCGCACUCCCAUAUAGCAGAGGAGGAGAGACAUUCAUUGAUCAGAGCGAGAGCGUCGCGAAAUGUCACAAAAGAAGCUUGUUUUUGGUUGCCAGGGCAAGACAACCCUGCACAGAUUACAAAAAAAAAAAAAAACAGCAUUAAGGGACCAGUGGAUGGAGUUUAUUUUUACAGAGCAUCAACGGAGUUGUGCAAGUGUUUGUGUUUGUUCCCUGCAUUUCGAAGAUGAUUGUUUUACAAACAAGGCCCAGUUUGACGACAGAUUUGCGUUUAGUUUAUUUCUUAAGGAUGAUGCAAUCCCAACGAAAAAGGGUCACAAUCGUGUGUUGAACCGCAGGCGGUGAGAAAAACUGCUUCAAAUAUCUCUGCCUCCUUGUUAGUGCGUCUGCCUCCCCUGCCGGAGACCCGGGUUCGAGCCCCGCUCGGAGCGAGUCAUUGCUGCUGCUGCUCUCGUUCAGUUUCAGCCUCGGAAUCAUAAAUAAACGGCUGAAUCUGACUGUUAGCCAUGGUUUGUUUUGGAUGGUUUUUCCCUCACGGUAUAAAGUCACAGAUUCCAAACGCUCUCAACUCAAAAGCCUACUGGCGCUCGUGAUUCUUUAGCUCCGCCCACACGUCACGCCUCCAGGCGCUCGUGUUUUUCCGGGAAAAAUCGGUACAGACUAUCUUUCUCUUAUGAAUAUAAUAAAACUAAAGACUUUUUGGAUUUAUGAAGGAUGCAGUACUACUCUAUAGGUACUCAAGAUUAACAGGAUAUUGAGUGAAAACGAGCAUUUCACCCCCCCUUUAAGGUAUAAUUAACACUGAUUUAUUUAAUAUGCAUUAUGUACCAUGUGUUGAGUUCAGUGUAAAAUGCAUUGAGUAAAGAAGGUAAUAUAACCUUCCACUCAUUGAUUCAAAAAGCAGUAUUUUAACAUGAAACCUUUUUUUUUUAUAAAUAUUGCUAUGCCCCCACCCCUUUUUGGUCGGUCAGACCUAUAUACAUUAUAACCAUUAAUACAAAUAUCCUUGUCUAAAACAGAUUUGCUUAGCCAAGUUUCAGUUAGAACAGUUACAUCUGCAUCAGUUUACUGUGCCCAAAUACGAACUAUAUCCAUUUUAGAGCUUAAACUCCGAACAUUAAAAUGAAUAAAACCAAGUCCGCACCUUGAUUUAAAAUCUGCAGGUGUUUCUAAACUUGAUUCAGGGUCGGAACAUUUUCCAAAAUCAAAAGUAAUAAAACAAUCAAGCACCUCUGUCUAAAUGAUUUAAUAUUAUAAUCUUUAAAAUUUUCACUGUACAGUACAACAAAAACACAGCAUUCGAGUCCAACAUUUCAUCUUUUCUCCAUAAGCACCAAUAAAGCCCUCCAUAGUAAAGUACUGUGUCAUGCAUAAACAUAUCAUUUAUAUAUCAUUGCUCUUUUGUUGAUUUUGAUUGCUUCCAUUGUCCCCUAAAUGGCUAAAUGUAAACUUUGUUUUAACUCACCCACCUGUAAUUUUCUAAUUAUCCUUAAGACGUGCUCAGAUGUGCUUGAUUAUGGUUAGAAUUUAACUCUACACGAAAGUGGAUCUUGUGAACCAGUUCAAUUGUGUGGCUAGAAUGGCCAGUCAAUGGAUUCUCCUAGUUGCCUUAUAGGGCUGCCUACACAAAAACUGCAUGGGCCCAAAGGAUACAAAAGUUGCUCUGGGCCCAAACUGGCUGGGCCAUCAGAGGAUUAAUGUGGACAGUCCGCUAAAGUGGUCUGCUCACAGUGAGCUUGCGGUGAGCCCAAAGCUGUGGGCCUCACCUUGUCAAGCCUAGAAUGUUUAGGUUUGGUGUGGGCUGGCCCUAGCACACUGUGCCUGCAAAAAGCCAGCAUGGGCCCCACAGGGACAUAUUUGCAGGGUCAUCAUGGUCUUCUGGGUAUUUAAGACCAGUGCUUUUUCUCACUCAUUUCAUUCAACAAAACUGCUAUGAUCUUGUGCAUUGUGAAUGUUUAUUUAUUGUACUUUGCUAUGCACUGUUCCCUCACUUAUUCUGUAAAACCAUUGUUCUCAAUAAAAUACUGUCCAUUCA